AUGUUUCUUCAAUUGCUAUCUUACAUUGGUGCCAUAGUUGGUUUUAUUUUACUAGUACUUUCGAUUGCUUCGGGGUUAUAUUAUAUAUCUGAGUUAGUUGAGGAACAUACAGAGCCAACUAAAAGAUUACUUAAGAAAUUGAUUUAUUCCAUAAUAGUGACAUUCCUAUUAUUGCUAAUCUUUGAUAAAUUUCCUAUUAAAUUAACUUUGUUUUCAAUAUUCUCCUAUUAUGUGUAUUUGCAGAAUUUACACAAGUUUCCUUAUGUUGAAUUGUCUUCGCCAGUGUUUUUGCUUUCAUGUGUUUUAGUUAUAAGUAAUCACUUUUUAUGGUUCCAUCAUUUCAACAACCCUUACAUCCCUCCAUUGGAAGUGAGAUUGAGACCUGAUUAUGUACCGCCACGUAUUCCCACUUUUGUCGAAAUAUGCUCAUUUUUUGGGUUAUUGGUUUGGCUUGUUCCGUUUGCAUUAUUUGUUAGUUUGAGUGCUCAUGAUAAUUUAUUGCCACACCAUUUGGAUAAACCAGAUGAUAAAAAGAAAAACAACGGUUUGGCAAAGGUGCUUGUGGGUAAUUUGAGAGAGUACAUUUAUGCAAUUAGUAGAAAGUUUGGCUACGAAUUAGAUCCUCAUCACGGAUCAAUUGUGUAUUAA